GUUGAUAAUGCAUUAUUUGAUUUUGGUAUAAAAUGGGUGACCACUGCUGUGGAUAGUCGCAUUUGUGGAGUCUCAACGCUUCAAGUGACUUUACAUUAGUUAGUUUCCUACCAAGUCCUACAGGAUUAGGCACCAUUAGUUAGUUUCCUACCAAGACCUACAGGAUUUAGCUCCUACAAAAUGGGCGACAAGAAGAAUCUCCUCCUUCUGUUCGAUCACCCGACGGAGCCCGUUUUCAUGGACAAAGGUGGCGAUGGCACCAUGUUCAAUGUACCCGACCACUAUCUGACCGAUCAAUACACGAAGAUCUGCAAGAAGACGCAGUACCGAAUUGGCGGUAGUAAAGCGAGAAUGAUAGACCUCAAGGAGAUCUCCAUUCCCGAUCUUAGCUUUCCCAUGUCCUUGGGCCGUACCGAGCAGUUCUCGCUGAUGCUGAAAUCCCACCGCCAGAUGGCGGGGCACUUGAUCGAGGUCUUUACCAAACUGCUUUCCGUGGAGGAUCUCCUAAGUGUGGCCGCCUUUGCCAGGGAUCGCGUUAACGCUGUAAUGUUUCAUUAUGCCCUAUCGGUGGCUCUGCUCCAUCGUCCUGACACCCAGGGCCUAGAUCUGCCAUCCUUUGCGCAAAGCUUUCCAGAUCGAUUCAUCGACUCGCAGGUACUGCGCUCGGUACGCGAGCAAUCGUUCGUGGUGGAGGAAUCGGAAUCACGGGUUCCUAUUGUUGUUCCAGUUAACUAUACCGCCUCCGAUUUGGAUCACGAGCACCGUCUGUGGUACUUUCGCGAGGAUCUGGGCAUCAAUCUGCACCACUGGCACUGGCAUCUCAUCUAUCCCAUCGAGAUCAGCGAUGGUGCCGAUCGCCGGAUAGUGGACAAGGAUCGUCGUGGCGAGCUUUUCUACUAUAUGCACCAGCAGGUGAUGGCCCGCUACAACGCCGAGCGAUUGAGCAAUCACAUGGCCCGGGUUCAGCCGCUUAACGACUUGGAUGAACCCAUUGCCGAAGGCUACUUCCCCAAGAUGGACUCCACGGUGGCCAGUCGGGCCUAUCCUCCGCGAUUCGAUAACACCCAGCUGAGCGAUGUCGACCGCCCGGCCAACCAGAUCAAAGUGGGGCUCAACGACAUGAAGCGGUGGAUCGAUCGCAUCUACCAAGCCAUCCACCAGGGCUACGUUUUGGAUACAAACAAUGAAAGGAUUCAGUUGGAUGAAGUGAAGGGCAUUGACUACCUCGGCAACAUUAUUGAAGCCUCCGUAUUGUCGCCCAAUACAGCACUGUACGGUGAUGUGCACAACAUGGGUCACGUCUUGAUCUCGUACUCCCACGAUCCGACUAACAAGCAUUUGGAGAACCAGGGUGUGAUGGGGGAUUCUACCACUGCGAUGCGCGACCCAGUCUUCUACAAGUGGCACGCGUUCAUUGACAACAUUUUCCAGGAGCACAAGGGGCGACUUCCGGCCUACACCGAGGAAGACCUGAGCUAUCCCGGCAUUACGGUUCAAAACAUCAAUGUGAUUAGCCAGGAUAGGAUCAACAGGAUAACCACAUUCUGGCAGGAGUCGGAUGUGGAUAUGUCCCGUGGCGUCGACUUUUUGCCCCGUGGCAGUGUCGUUGCUCGAUUCACCCAUCUGCAGCACAACCCAUUCACCUACUCCAUUAACAUGGUCAACUCCACUGGAGCCACCAAGUUCGGCUACGUGCGCAUCUUCAUGGCGCCCAAGCUGGAUGAUCGUAACGCUCCCAUGUUUAUGGCAGAUCAGCGCCGCAUGAUGAUUGAGCUGGACAAGUUUGGGAUUUCGAUUCCACCCGGACAACAUAGGUUUGUACGCAGCUCUACGGAAUCGAGUGUAACCAUUCCCUUUAAGCGCACUUUCCGCAAUCUGGACAACAACCGUGGGGCUGCGAAUUCUCCGGAGGAGUUGGAGAACUUUUUCUGCGGCUGCGGUUGGCCCAAUCACAUGUUGGUCCCAAAGGGUCGUGUUGAGGGCAUGAGCUUUGAGUUGUUCGUCAUGAUUUCCAACUACGACAAUGAAAGGGUUGACCAGACACUUGUGGGUAGCUGCAGCGAUGCCGCCUCCUACUGUGGAGUCCGCGAUCGCCUUUACCCAGAUCGCCGAUCCAUGGGCUUCCCAUUCGAUCGCGUGCCUCGCAUGAGUGCAGUUUUGCUGAAGGACUUCCUAACGCCCAACAUGAGCACUGUGGAAGUCAACAUUACCCACGAGGACCGCACAGUAAAGCUUCCCCAAUUGGCAAACUUAUCCUGAUCUACAUAUAUGUAUCCAUAUAUGUAUAUCU